CAUCCAGGAAGGAAGUAGAAACCCCAAAACCUAAUUAUUUCCCACUCAGGCAGUUUGUUUGUUCACCACACACUUAUGGCACUUGUGAGAGCAGCUCAGCAAACCUCCUCCAAUUCUCGAUAUUCUCGUUAUCACGUGUUUCUGAGUUUUAGAGGGGAAGACACUCGCAAGAAGUUCGCUGACCACCUCUGUAGAGCAUUGGUCAACGCCGGAUUCCGUACUUUCCGAGACGACGAUGAAAUUGAGAGAGGAGAAGAUAUCAAGCCCGAACUGCAAAAAGCAAUCAAACAGUCACGAACUUCUGUUAUUGUGUUCUCGAAAGACUACGCUUCUUCCACAUGGUGCCUUGACGAGCUUUUGAUGAUCCUUGAACGCAAGAGGAUCUCAGCUGACCAUGUCGUUUUGCCUGUCUUCUACGAUGUAGAUCCAUCCCAUGUGAGGAAGCAGACAGGAAAUCUUGCAAAGGCAUUUGCUAGGCACCAAAAAACUCAACCGCUGCAGAAGGUGAAGGCAUGGAGGGAGGCCCUUGCAGAGGUUGCUGAUCUUGCAGGGAUGGUCUUGCAAAAUCAAGCUGAUGGGUACGAGUCAAAGUUUAUCGAGAAAAUAAUUAAGGUAAUUGGAGACAAACUAAGUCGCACACCCUUAAGUGUUGCCCCCAACAUGGUUGGAAUGCAAUCUCGAGUGGAAAAUAUCAACUUAUGGUUACAGCACCGAUCAACUGAUGUUGACAUACUUGUAAUUUAUGGGAUAAGUGGAAUAGGGAAGACAACCAUUGCAAAGUUUGUUUAUAAUUCAAACUUUCAAAGAUUCAAAGGAAGCAGCUUUCUUGAAAACAUCAAAGAUAUUUCACAACAACCUAAUGGCUUAGUUCAAAUACAAACACAACUUCUUUUUGAUAUUUUGAAGGGGAGAAAAGUGAGAAUACACAGUGUUAGUCAAGGAAUAACUGAGAUUGAAGACGCCAUAAGUUCUAAACGGGUUCUCCUUGUUCUUGAUGAUGUGGAUCAUGUGGACCAAUUAGAUGCACUACUUCGGAUGAAAGAUCGAUUUUGUCCAGGAAGUAAAAUCAUCAUAACAACUAGGCGUGCAAGAUUGUUAAAGGCCCAUCAAGUUACUGAGGUAUAUGCAGUUGAAACUUUGGAUCAAAACGAAUCAUUGGAGCUCUUCAGUUGGCACGCUUUUGUCCAGGACCAUCCCAUUGAAGAUUACAUAGAAUAUUCGAAAAAAAUAGUGGAUCAUUGCGGAGGUCUUCCAUUAGCUCUUAAAGUUUUAGGUUCAUCUUUGUUGGGGGAAACUAUAGAUGUAUGGAAAAGUGCAUUGGACAAGUUAGAAGCUAUUCCAAAUGGUGAAAUAAUAAAUAAACUAAGAGUAAGCUACAACUCUUUGCAAGAUGACCAUGAUCGAAACUUAUUCCUCCAUAUUGCUUGUUUCUUUAUCGGAAAGGACAAAGAUUACAUUGUUAAAAUACUAGAUGGAUGUGAUUUCUAUACAAUUGUUGGCAUUCAAAAUCUCAUCGAUAGAUGUUUGGUGACAAUUGAUAAAUAUGACAUGGUCCAAAUGCAUGAUCUGAUUCGUGGAAUGGGAAGAGAAAUUGUUCGUCUAGAGUCAGAGGAGCCUUGGAAACGUAGUAGAGUAUGGCGUCAAAAGGAUUCCUUCAAAAUCCUGAUAGAAAAGAAUGGUACAAGAACAAUUGAAGGUCUUGUCCUGGACAUGCGUAUGCGCCCUACAAACAGUCCCAUAUACUCAAAUGAGAAAGUCUUGGAAACCAAUGCAUUUGGAAGGAUGCAUGAACUAAAACUACUCCAUCUUAUUCAUGUACAACUCGAUGGAUGUUAUGCUGAAUUUUGUACUGGAUUAAGAUGGCUGUGUUGGGUUGAAUUUCCUUUGGAUUCUAUACCCUCUGAUUUUCCUUUGGGGAGCCUAAUUGUUCUUGAAAUGGAAUAUAGCGACUUGAGACAAGUUUGUCAAGGAACAAAAUGUCUGCCGUUAUUGAAGAUCCUUGAUCUCCGCCAUUGUCAUAGCCUUAGUGAAACUACUGACUUCUCAUGUUGCCCCAAUCUAGAGAAACUAAUUCUUGAAGAUUGUGAAAGCCUGGUUGGUGUCAAUGAAUCCAUUAGAAACCUAGAGAGACUUGUUUACUUGAGUUUGAGGAACUGCAGAAACCUUAGGAUGCUUCCUGAGCACAUCCUCAUGCUAAAAUCACUUGAAGCACUUAUUUUAUCUGGUUGCACAAAUCUUAAUGAGUUAUCAAUUGAGAUGUUGAGGAACUUGAAAUCUCUGAAAGUGCUUGAGGUUGAUGAAAUUCCAAUAGGUAAAUUCUGGCCAGGAAGAAGUUCACGUAUAUUGAGUUCUCUACCAUGCUCUUUAGUAGACUUAAGUCUUCAGUGGUGCAAUCUUUCAGAUGAUGCCUUUCCAAAGGAUUUUAGUGAUCUAUCCUCAUUGAAAAUACUAAAGCUAGGGCACAAUCCAAUUUGUAGCCUACCAGAUUGCAUCCAAGGUUUAACAGGGCUCAAUGAACUCUCUUUUAUGGAAUGUAGGAGUCUCAAAUCCCUUGUUGGGUUACCAAGAGUAGGCAGCCUGAAUGUGGAAUGUUGUGUAUUAUUGAAGAAAAUAGCAUAUCAAUCCGGUCAAUUCCGAAAACACGGUACCAAGUGCUUUUACAAUGACAACCUAGUUGAAUGGGAGAAUAACUACAAGCUAGAACCCAUUGGAAGAGUUGAUGUAGAAAUUAUCAACCUUUUGGGCUUGUGCAACUUGGAAUCUAUGGCACCCAUUCGGAUUCGAAAACCAUACCAGUCACAAAUUGAUGAUGAUCGUUGUCCCGUCCAGGGACUGUACGAACGUGGUAUAUUCAGCACAUUUUUUGCUGGGAAUGAGGUUCCAGGCCAGUUCAGCCACAAAAGUACAAAGUCAUCAAUAUCUUUUGUUGUGCCUUUACUUCCUAAUCACGGAAUCGGAGGCUUGAAGGUCUUUGCUGUCUAUACAAAACGGGCCAAUGAUUCUCCUUGGGCUUUACCUGGGCCAUUGAUUACUAGAGUCAGAAAUAAGAGCAAGGGUCUGAAGUGGAUCUAUGCCCCGUCACACUGCGGCAUUCCUGGUGAAGGAGAAGACAUGAUAUGGUUAAGCCAUUGGAAGUUGGAGGAGGAGGUUCACUUAGAUGGUGGCGAUGAAGUGCUUGUUUCCGUAAUUAUGGAACCUUGGCUUCAGGUAAAGGAGUUCGGCAUCCAGCUUUUGCAGCCGCUGCAAGAAGAGAAUCAUAAUAAUAUGAUGAGUGCCCAACACAAAACCAUUGAUCCGUAUUAUGCUGCAUGUGCCACGAGUGGAGAUUUGGAUGAAUAUCAGCCAGGAGUAUACUUGCUCUCCCGCAGAAGUGUACCAAUAAAAGAUCCGAUUUGGUUCAAUAAGAUCCUUGGUGACUCUGAUGAAGAAGACAAAGAAGAAGAGCAACAGGAUGGUCAUACAAUUGCAGCAGCCAAGACAGACGGCAAUAUUAACUCCAGAGGCCGCCUCCGUGGCUGGAAGGUGCUCAUCACUGCCGUUUUCUUCUUUCUCACGCUUCUCUUAUCACUCGCUCUUCUUCACCUUCUCACAAAAAGAAGGGACAGUCCAAAAGCCGUGGAUGGAUGAAUUUUUUUCUACUUGAACAGCCGGAUUGAGUUGUUUUCUGCCUUCAUAUAAAUUAGCAUCAAACUCUUGUUUUGCAUAUAUCCAAUGUCUUCCUUCCUAAGACCAAUUUCAUUUUAUAGCAUCAAUACAUCUCCUUCUGAGGAGAUAUA